GUGCGGUAAAGUUGCCCAAACCAGAGCAUCCAGAGCAACGCCAGUGCAACAGUGCAACACCAGUGCAACCAGAGAGCAAAGGAACAGCAGACAGCAGACAGCAGUGUGCAUCCUCCAGAGACAUCGCAGCUCAGCAGAUUCAGCUCCAGGCUCACAGGCUCCCCAAUCGCAUUUGUUAGCCACAGCAACAAGUCCCCCACCCACCCAGUCGGAAAAUGAGAGAAAUUGUCCAUCUGCAGGCCGGCCAGUGCGGCAACCAAAUUGGCGCUAAGUUCUGGGAGGUUAUUUCGGAGGAGCACGGCAUUGACGCAAAUGGCAUCUAUGUGGGCGACAGUGAUCUGCAGUUGGAGCGUAUCAGCGUCUACUACAACGAGGCAUCAGCUGUGACGCGCUCGUCGGGUGGCAAAUAUGUGCCACGUGCCAUCCUGUUGGAUCUGGAGCCGGGCACCAUGGAGUCGGUGCGCUCUGGACCCUACGGCCAGCUCUUCCGUCCAGACAACUUUGUGUUUGGGCAGUCGGGCGCCGGCAACAACUGGGCCAAGGGUCACUACACGGAGGGUGCCGAACUGGUGGACAAUGUCCUGGAUGUGGUGCGCAAGGAGUGCGAGAACUGCGACUGCCUGCAGGGCUUCCAGCUGACCCACUCGCUGGGCGGUGGAACCGGCUCCGGCAUGGGAACACUGCUCAUUUCGAAGAUACGAGAGGAGUAUCCGGACCGCAUCAUGAACACGUACUCGGUGGUGCCCUCGCCGAAGGUGUCCGACACGGUGGUGGAGCCCUACAACGCCACCCUGUCGAUACACCAACUGGUAGAGAACACAGACGAGACGUACUGCAUCGACAACGAGGCCCUGUACGACAUCUGCUUCAGGACUCUGAAGGUAUCGAAUCCCAGCUACGGGGACCUCAAUCACCUGGUCUCGCUCACAAUGUCCGGGGUGACCACCUGCCUGCGCUUCCCCGGUCAGCUGAACGCCGAUCUCCGCAAGCUGGCUGUGAACAUGGUUCCAUUCCCGCGUCUGCACUUCUUCAUGCCUGGAUUCGCGCCGCUCACCUCGCGUGGCUCGCAGCAGUACCGCGCCCUGUCCGUCCCGGAGCUUACCCAACAGAUGUUCGACGCCAAGAACAUGAUGGCCGCCUGUGAUCCACGCCAUGGCCGCUACCUCACCGUAGCUGCCGUCUUCCGGGGCCGCAUGUCCAUGAAGGAGGUGGACGAGCAGAUGCUGGCGGUGCAGAACAAGAACAGCUCGUACUUCGUCGAGUGGAUACCGAAUAACGUGAAGACGGCCGUGUGCGACAUCCCGCCCAAGGGCCUAAAGAUGUCGUCGACCUUCAUUGGCAACACCACGGCCAUCCAGGAGCUCUUCAAGCGCAUCUCCGAGCAGUUCUCGGCCAUGUUCCGACGCAAGGCGUUCUUGCAUUGGUACACCGGCGAGGGCAUGGACGAGAUGGAGUUCACCGAGGCGGAGAGCAACAUGAACGAUCUGGUCUCCGAGUACCAGCAAUACCAGGAGGCAACGGCCGACGACGAGUUCGAUCCCGAUGUUAACCAGGAGGAGGUCGAGGGCGAUUGUAUUUAAUGGUGUGGCCAGAGGAAUGAGGUGCGUGCGUGAGGGGGAGCGCGUGUUUCUGCGCGGCAUGCGGCAACAGCUGUCUGCCAAGCACUGCAGCAUUCUCUGAAAACAGUCCACAAACACACUCACACACGAAUAAACAAUCACCACUACUGACACACAGCACAGCACACAGACACACACACACAAACACACACAGAGACAGACAAACAUACAGACAGUCAGACAGGAAAGGUCAAGCGUAGUUAGAACAUCAAACGGAAAUGUUCCAAAGCUCUAGCUCUUCCUCCUACCAUCUACCUACCAUCUCACUCACCCCUGCCCCUGUGUUAUUCUAACUCUCACUCUUGCUCUAUCUAUCUCUUUCUAUAUCUGUAAUUCAUGCUCAUCUCUUACCCUCUUCUCAUCUUCAUCAUCUUUCAUCUAAACCCCUCCUCUACGCUACACUUUACGCUACACCGGAGGCACGUCUAUCGCAUUUCUCGCAGCCAUUUUCAUCCACUUUCCAUUCAAAAGUCCCCGAAUUUUUCUUCUCAAUCAAACGUUUCAUUCAUUUAGGGCACAAAGAUACAAAAUCAAUCUCCCAUUUUUAUUAUAUACCUAUUUAUAUGCAACUCUAGCAAACCCCAAAUAAGCAUCUAGUAUUUUGAAAUAAAAAAAAAAAACGAAUUUACACGAAAUUAUCGAGAAAUGUCCACAAAAAAUUUGCACUCAAGACUGAUGAAAACAGUUUGGCAAUACAUGUAUAUCUAAACGAUAUAUAAACGAUAUGAUAUGAAAUGAAAUGAACUAAGCUCAUCCAAAGAUAAUCAAACACUCUCAAGAGAUCAGAUCGUACUCGUAACGAAGGCAAUUUCUCAAAUCAUCCGCAAUUGUAUUUACAUAAUCUUAGGGCACAAAUUAAUUAACAUUUGUAUUCGUGUGCAAAAUCGUUCUUUAGUAGUUUUACAUACAUACAAACAUGAAUGAAAAACAAUUUUACCCAAAUAAAUAAACU